GCUCUUGAUGAAAUCAAAAUAGAUAAUCAGUUAGGAGAGAUGUAUUCAGUUAGAAAAGCUACUGAAUACCUAUGGUUAAAGUCAUUAUUUCUCGACCAACAUACAACCCCCUUGACAACAGGUAUAAUACAGGAAGGUAGUGAUAUUACGUUCAAAUAG